GCCAUUUCUUAUCUGUAGGUGUGGGCUCCUCCUCUUGUUCUAGGUUCAGAAGCAGCCCACCAUCUUUAAUAAACCAAUUCCUCUCCAUCAACCAUUCCACAUCUCCUCUUUGCACCUUGAGGCAGUGGUAGAACAGCAGAAUGGCCAGUAUACCAGCACUUUCCGGCGCCACGAUGAACACCUCCUUCCUCCGGAAGCAGCCAGCGACAAGGCUACGUUCGGCAUCAAACUUCAGCCAGGGUCUGUUUGGGCUGAAAGGGGGCAGUCGAGGCGGGCGUGUGAUUGCCAUGGCAGAGUACAAUGUGAAGCUGAUCACACCAGAAGGAGAGAAGGAGUUCAGCUGCCCGGAUGAUGAAUACAUUCUCGAUCGUGCAGAUGAUUUGGGAAUUGAUCUUCCUUAUUCAUGUAGGGCAGGGUCUUGUUCUUCUUGUGCAGGGAAAGUAAUAGAAGGGAAGGUGGAUCAGUCAGAUGGCAACUUCCUCGACGACGAUCAGGCUGAAGAAGGUUGGGUUCUAACUUGUGUUGCUUACCCUCAGUCAAAUGUCGUCAUUGAGACCCACAAGGAAGAAGAACUAGUUAGUUAAUCUGCAAAACAAUUCUCAUUAUUCAUGUUCUAUCCUAGUUUUCCUUUUACUAUUUACUACUAAUGAUUACCAUGUUUAUGUUUCUAAUGUUUAGGCGUAUUUUUCUAA